GUCGCUUCUGUCAGUUGUCACUAAAGCACUGAAUAAUUAUCGCACAGAUUCAUCAAAAUAAUACUUAAAAUUUAUCAAAUCUAAAAUUUAGAAUUAAGAGUGUUAUUAUAAUUGUAGUUGACAUAAAGUAUUUUUAUCGAUGAACUAAGUGGUUGUAGAUUAAAGUCUAAAACAAGUCUCUCAACUCCUAACCUGUUUUUUUUCAAAUAAAGAAGACAACGUUUUGUUCUUACUGGAAGAAAAAAAAUUAAAACGUAAGUAAAUUUUAGGGAAUUGACAAUUUACGAUGUCUCUUCCAACAAAUAACUAUUUGCUUGCACUUGGACAAGUGUCGUUUAAAAAUUUCGUUCGAGAAAAAAACGAAAAUUUGUCAUCAAACAAUGACUUAAAGUUGAAGCAUGAUCUUGAUUUCAAAGGAGAUGACGCUAAAAUAGCUUAUGAAGAAAUUAUAUCUCUAGAAAGUCAAACGAAAAAUUCAAAACCCAAAUCGACUCUUCAAAAAAGUGAUAAACAGAUCUUAUCAAAGCCAAUGGAAAAAACGAUAAUUACUGACGUGAACGUUUUAUUUAAAGCUGUAGAAAGAGGUGAUUCAAAGUUUGUUCAAGAACAUUUUAGUAAGAAUAAUGUUAAUAUUGUGGAUCCAUUUGGUUGGACACCGUUAAUGACAGCUGCAUACUCAGGGCAUAAAGAAAUAGUACAUAAUUUAAUAUGUUUAGGAGCGAAACUUAAAACCAAAGAAAAAUCAGGGCUCACAGCACUCGAUUUAGCAAUUAAAAAACAACACUAUGAUAUAGUGAAUAUACUAAAACAAAAAAAUUACAAACAAACAAAAAAGCAAUCCUCAAUCAACUCAUUGACUUCAGAAAACAAUAAAAAAGUAACUGAUGUAGAAUUAUAUUGUGAUCUUUGUGAAUUAAAUUAUAAGGAAUCUUCAAAAGCAAAACAUGAAGCAUCAAUUCUACAUGUUUUUAAUAGCAAACCUAAAGUGAAAAAUACAUUUUAUGGAAUUUCAAAACAAAAUAAAGGAUAUCAAAUAAUGCUUAAUACUGGAUGGGACGAAGAAGGUGGAUUAGGUCCAUCUGGUGAAGGUCAAAAAUACCCAGUUAAGACUAUAUUAAAGAGAGACCGGAAAGGUUUAGGUCAAGGAAAACAAAAAGAGGCUAAAGUAACUCAUUUUAAACCUGGAGAUGUCAAUGCUGUUAAACAUGCAAAUUUUAAAAGUAAUGUAAAAAAAAAAGAAUUUAGUCGAAAAGACAGAGAGAGGCAGCUCAGCAGAGAAGCAGCUUUCAGCAAGCGACUUAGACAAGAGUUAUGAUGAUACAAUAAUACAUUCUGAAAUAAUGGAUGACACAAAGAAAAAAAUGCUCGAUUAUUUGACUACAAUUGAAGAAAAAGGUGUUGAAAUUUUAAUUGAUAAACAAGAAAUAAUU